GGUUGUUGGAUUGGCAGCAAAACAAAGUAGAAUAAGAAAUAUUUCAAAUACAGUAAUGAAAGUAAAGCAGAUCCUUGGCAGAAGUUACGUCUUAACAGAGUGCAGUGGUGACAGUCAGAUGGGUAAUAUAUAGCCACAAGGCCAGUGAAGGCUGAGCGCUCUUCAGACCUGCUGCUACGCCAUGAUCCUGCACACGCUUCUCUAGAGUGAGCCGCCUCAUGGUCCACUCGUUCCGCCCUCAGUCUGCUUAGAAGACAAUGACGAUUUUUACAGAUAAGCAGUUGUACCAGGUCUUGGCCUUAGAAGCACUCUGUCUUUGGUGGAGGAGCCAGUCCCCUUUGGCCAAGCCAGUAAGACCCUUUAAGGCUUUGGGUCCAGUACCUGUCCUGGGCAGACUCCCACAGCCAGAAAUGCGGUCAUUGGACCUGGCUUCUCAGCAAUUAGCCCUGAGAGGGAAGAACCGGCUGGCUUCUGGAAACACAGAGCACGCAGAGCUCCCCCACACCUUCAGAUUCGCACCUUGCCGCCCAGGAGCUUCCUGCGGCUGGUCUUCCUUCCCAGCCCGCUAUGGCCAGUUCCAAUAGCAGUGCGGGCAUCCGGUGGUCCAGACAGGAGACGCGAACUCUUCUCUCCAUACUAGGUGAGGCAGAGUAUAUUCAGCGCCUCCAGACUGUGCAUCAUAAUGCAGAUGUCUAUCAGGCCGUGUCUAAGCGAAUGCAGCAGGAAGGCUUCCGCCGCACAGAACGUCAGUGCCGCUCCAAGUUUAAAGUCCUGAAGGCGUUAUAUUUAAAGGCGUAUGUUGCCCACGCCACGAGUGUGGGUGAUCCACCACACUGCCCGUUUUAUGAUACAUUGGAUCAGCUUCUCCGAAAUCAGAUAGUGACUGACCCAGACAACUUAAUGGAGGACACUGCUUGGGCCAAGCACUGUGAUCAGAACUUAGUUGCCUCUGACACCCCAGGGGAAGAGGGACCCAGCAUUCUCAGAGCAAAAAGGACUCAGGCAGCAGAUCAUCAGCCUAUCUUGAAAACAGUUAAGGAAUCAGAUGAGGAUUGUCAACUGAGAAUCAGUGACCAGAUGCGAGAAACCAGUGACCUUGAGGACUCCUGGGAUGAAUCCUCGGGUGCAGGGUGCUCUCAAGGGACCCCCAGCUACAGCAGCUCCCACCACCUUUUCAGAGGGGCGGUUGCUCCCUGUCAGAGCAGCCCCAUGACCCGACUGGGUGUGUCCGGUGAGCCCAGUCCGUGCGCCAGCACCAGCCGAAACACUCCUGGGGUGGCCUCCGCACCGCGGCCUCCGGUCUCCUCCUCCACAGUUCCUUUUGUUUCUGGUGGGGAUAGGCCUUUGACCGGUGAGCCCCCUCCACGGUGGGCGAGGCGAAGAAGGCGGUCAGUGGCCAGGACUAUUGCGGCCGAGUUGGCAGAAAACAGGAGGUUGGCACGUGAACUUUCAAAGCGUGAGGAAGAGAAAUUGGACAGGCUGAUUGCUAUUGGUGAGGAGGCCAGUGCUCAGCAGGACACUGCCAACGAGCUCCGCAGGGAUGCUGUGGUCGCAGUCAGACGCUUGGCCACGGCGGUGGAAGAGGCCACCGGUGCUUUUCAGCUAGGGCUCGAAAAAUUGCUUCAGAGGUUAAUUUCGAAUACCAAAAGUUAGACGUUGCUUCUAAAGAGCGUUUCCUAAACUGGUAGAAGCCCAGUUCCAACACCUGCCUUUUGGUACCCUGGCUCCUUUUAUACGUCCUUAGGAAUAAAGGAAAGAAAGAGCGGAUGAACCAUUAAUGUGCAGAGUAGUGGGAAUAUACGUGCUAGUUGCUUUUCCCAAGCUUCUCCACGAAUUGAAGACCUCUCGGGUUUGUGAGGAGUGGUCUAACAACAGAUGGAGCCGAGACCAGAGAGUUGGUUAGCAGUGGCCUCGCCACUAAUGGGCAGUUUAGUUUACCUCGACACCAGUUUCCUCAUCUGUAAAAUGGGGGCCAGGUAAUAACUCCUGACCUGCCUACCUCACAGGGUUGUUGUGAGGACCGAACGGCUAGUAGAUGUGAAAGGGUUUAAAAGCACUACACACUAUAUACAUGUAAGUUACUAUUAAUGCAUAUGACCUUGGCCGAGGUAAGGCUAGGGUGAGGCACAUUAGUUGACAAGAUAAAGAAUUAUGGUGUCUGCCAUGACUUCAUUGCUUCAAUCUUUACCAAUUUAACUUGACUGCUUCUUAGAAGUUUAAGGUUUUCAUUUUUUUUUAAUCCUCUAUGGCUCAUUAAUCUAGAUACAUGUGUUUGUAUGUUUAUCUCUUAUAUUUUCGCUGCUAUGUCUAUGACAUACUAGUAAGCACUCAAUGGUCAAACCAGCUUUCCUUCCCUUUCACUAGUUUUCAGUGUCUUGUCACUCUAAGGAUAUAAUUCAGAACUGCGGGAGCUACAGUUGUGUAUUAUGAUUCAUAUAAUCUUCCAUAUAACGAGGUAUUGGCUGUUUUAUGAAAUAAUAAAUGUAAGUGAAUUCUUUGCAUUCCAUAUUAUUUGGCUCCCUUAAUAUACAUAAUUACAUGUCUUUAGGUUUAGGGUGUCCCUUGGAACAUGUGGAAACAAUUUGGAAUCUGUUUUCCAAGUGCUUUUAGCUAAUUUCAUUCUUUUAGCCUUUUUUCUGUCUAGUAUGUUACAGAGGCAAGCCCUAGAAGACUUUGCUUCUGGGGAACUUUGCAAAGUCACUUUCUCAUACAUUGUAGACAAAAGUUCGCCUUGUUCAUGGCAUAUGGUGGAAGAGGACAGCUUUGGGAACAGCCGAGGAUGGUGUGGAUAAAGACUGCCUGCAAUAAAUAACUCCUUUUAAGCACAAAGCCCUCAAUAAAUACAUCCUCCUUUCCCCCCAAACAUACGUGCUGCUUUUAGGAGAUAGGAAGAUGUAGAGCCAUACUUCCGAUUUCUUUAGAAAGAAUGCCAUUAUUGGCCGUCAUUUAACAAGCUUCAAAGCUUUUAAGUGGUUUACUUAGUGCUUUCAGGAAAUACAAAUAGGAGCCUUGGAAUUUAAAAGGCUCUCCUCCAGUCUACAGGUUGAGAAAAAACAAGUGCAGGCAUGUUUGAAGAGGUUUUGUUUUAUAUUUUGUAGGCUUGGGUGCUUACCUACAUCCUGGAGAGGCAGAUAGGUGGGGAAAGCGUCAGAAGAGUGGGAAUAUAGCCGGAGCGUGCCUGGGCGGCAGGCAGGCUGCGCUGAUGGGCGGUGGUGACAGUAGAAGAUGGCUGGUGUGGUUGAGCACUGGAUUCUAACCCUGUCCCAGUUGGUGACCUUGGGCAGGUGUCUUGCCCUUCUUGUGCUUCAAUAUCUUUAACAUGAUUUGUACUAGAUGACUCUUCUAGUACCUUCUAGUUCUAAAAAAAAUUCUCUGAUACGUGGCAUAACAAAAAGGCAAAGUAAAAAAUUUAAUUGUAAUAUUUUCAGUCACGGUGGCAUAUUGUAUGUUUGAAUUACUGGUAACAGUUGUGUUUUAAGAGAGCAUUCUAUGGUAUUAGUAUUUAUUAAUAUGCUCAACUUACAUAAGCACCACACCGGACAUAGGUUCCUUGCUUUAAAGAAGCCUGUGUUAAGACAGUAAAAUGGAUAUAUAUGGCUGUGCAUUUUCUCAUUUGUUUUAGGCCUUUGUGUGGAGGGGUAUGUGUCUGUUGUAACUGGGUAACACUAAUACAAGUACAUAGGCUUUCUGGAAAAACAGGGAAGUACGCGAAGGAGACUUAGGCCUGUAGUAUAUUAACCUAUUAACGGUAGCAAAGUACGUAGGCAGGGGUUUUUUUUAGGUAAGAGAAGUGCUACAGAACAGAAGUGGAAUUAAACUUGGGAGGUAGUACUGUGAAUGUCGUUUGGGUGAAAUAACUUUAAAGUGAGAAUAAAAUUAAAAGGGAAGUUCUUAAUGAAUCGAAAAAUACUGUUACGUGGAGGCCAUUCUCACUGAGAGAGAACGAGCUCAGAAACCGUCCCCAGGCUCUAGGCCCCGCCGUUCGUGCCUGCACGUCGGAGGCAGGUCGCUUUCCCGUUCUGGGACUCCGGUUCCUCGCCCGCAGAGGGAGAAACGAAUCACGCUCCUACCUACCUCACAGGAAUGUGGUGAGGGCCAGACGAACCGAUGAAGGUAAAAACGCUGUCACGCGGAAAGCACGGUCUUGUGACGGGGAUGGGGAAGACCACCCUGGAGCACGUUGGGGCGGCUGUGUGCCAGCUCCGACAGUCCGCUGUCACGCGAGAGACAUUUAAGGAAGGACAAGGAAGAGAAAGCAGCCGUGCUUGUAAAGGUCGUGGUACAGUGGCGGGGCUGACGCUCUGCUCCUGAAGACCGUGAUGUCAGUGAGGUGCCGUGUAUGCCGACCUCCCACCACCCUUUGUGUUUCUGUUAAGUGAUUUAAUCCUGGUGUGGACUAAUAAAGUUUUUACUUGUAUGUA